UCUGGGGUCAGCCCCCCGGGUCUGGGGUGGGCGCUCAGGCGGAUCUGGGGUAGGAGCUCGGGUGGGUCUGGAGUCUGCGCUCUGAGUCUGGUGUCCGCUGCCCGGGCCCGGGGUCGGCGCUCGGGUGGCGCUGGGGUCCGCGUCCCGGGUCUAGAAUUGGCGCUUGGUCGGGGCUGGGGUCCAAGCGCGAGUCUGGGGUCUGCGGUCGAGAGGGUCUGGGAUCCAAGCGGGCGGCGGCGCCCGGCUGCCUUCCUCAGCCCCCCGCCACGGGCACGCGAACCCCUAGUGUUCUGGGAAAUUUGAAUGCUCCGAGCUUGCAAACGGUGAAGACGGCGCUGGGGUGGGGAGUGUGCAGAGGAAAUUCAGUCUAUUCUGAUACUAACGGAUAUCAGGACUGAGCGUGUGCCGGCGCUGUGUAUUUGCUAAGGCAAACCUUGCGGAGACUCUGCGCGGUGGGUACUCUUGUCCCCAUUUUACAGGUCAAGAAACUGAGCUUCAAAGAGGUUAGGUGGCAUUUCUUUCAUGAAAACCCCUGGGCCUUCAGUGGGGAGAGGACCUGGAAGGCCAAGGCCACACCAAGGGCCGCUGCUGUCACUGGGCACAUGGAGAGCCGUUUUGGAAGCCAGCUUCCCCCUCUGAGGCCAGACAAGUCUCAGGCCACCGAUGGGGACAAUGGCCAAUCACCCACUGUAGCAAGGCCACUGGUCUUCCAGCUGGAAAAUCCCUGUGCCAGGCCAGGCCUAGGAACCCUGACAGCGGGGAGUCUCGAUGAUGCUCAGCCCCUUUGCCAACCCUGGUCCCCCAGGUCAAUUUCUUUUCCCCAGGGCAGGUAGAAGGGGGGCUGCCCAGGCUGGUCUCUACUUUGUGGUGGGGCAGUCACACCAUGUGCUGGGAUGCCCCUUGGCUGCCAAGCCCCAGGGCCCAGACAGGGGUGGGCGGCAGUCUCCUUCCCUCCAGGAAGGCAGAGCAAAGGAUAACAACUUGAUUGCCAGGGUUUCUGUAACGACACAGAGGGAACCAGCUUGGAAAGCUGAUUCAUACGCACAGAGUGGCAGAGCCAGAAGGUACCUGGGAAUCAUCCAGGGCUUCACAGAUGAGGAAACCGAGAGCCAGACAUGUGCUGGAAACACACCGUCGUGGGGGGCGGUGGGGGGAGGGUGCCAGGGCAAUGUCUCCAGGUCUUUCCAUCACUCCUAAGGGUCUUGAUCUGGGUCAGGCUGAGUCUGAACACCUGAAACUGGGCCAGGGUUUGGAAGGAAGGGCCUUAGGUCCCCCAAGUGUUCAGACCCUAGCACCGUGGCAGAGCUCUGUCUGUGAACACUUCUCUUCCCCACCCUACCUCCCGGUUCCUAGGGGGAGAUGCCCUGCCCCACCGCACCUGGGCUUUCUGGUCCAGGACUGGGUUUGCCUGCGAAGGGAAAUAGGAUGAAGGCUGCAAUUAGAAACUGAGUUUUAAAUCCAAGUCUAGUCGCUUAGGUAAGGUGUAUUUGUGAAAAGAGGAGAGGAGUCCUUUUUUUUUUUUUUAAGUAGAAGCUGUGUGAACUGCCACUGAAGGAUGGGUGCCGUGGGUGUUCUGCCAGCUUGGAAGUCACCCACCACUGUAAUCUCCUGUGAUUCACCAGUAAAGAGCAAAGUCAGGGCUCUGGGAGAUGAGGGGGUUGGAGCCAUUGGCAGGAGGUGGGAGCCUGGCCACUACCCAGGUGGCAGUGCUUGGCGAAUCCACCCCACCCCCACCUCCCUGCUCCUGCCCCCCACCUCUAGGUCUCAGCUACCUGUCUGUGUAUAUUCCUGGAAUAAGUGCUCUCCAAGGUGCGUUUCAGCUCCCAGGUGCUGGGAUCCCUGUUCCUGUUACUGAAGGUUUUCCCGGGCACUAUGCAGGAGGGAAGGAGCUUUUUUUUUUUUUAUGCAGGAGGGAAGGAGCCCUGGUGGUGCAGUGGUUAAAGAGCUCGGCAGCCAACUGAAAGGUUGGCGAUUGGAACCAACCACCUGCUCAAAGAGAAAAAGAUGUGGCAGUCUGCUUCCAUAAAGAUUACAGCCUCAGAAACCCUAUGGGGCAGCUCUAGUCUGUCCUACAGGGUCGCUAUGAGUCGGAAUCGGAAUCAACUCGAGGGCAGUGGGUUUGGGUUUUGGAUGCCGGAGGGAGUGGUUUCUGACGUGCUUAUGCCUGUGUGUGGCUUGGGAGGCGUGUCUCAAAUAGGAGGGUGCCCCUCGCGUGCACUGUUUUUAAUGCACAUGUUUGGGACAGUUGUGGGAGGCACGCAUCUGUCUUUAACUCUCUAGCUGCUAUUGGGUUAAUGGUAUGCCAACCACUUUUUAUGCCCCUGGAUCUCGUAGGUAGUAGGUUAGUCUGCUUCUAACCCAUUUAGUGUCAAUGUGGGUCCCUUUUGAAAUACACGAAGCUCAGCGGACCCAAGUUGGAGCCUCAUUGUUGUGCAGGUUGAACAUUCUAUUAGGUGACGCUUCAUGGAUGUGUUAGUUCUAUAAACUGUUGCCUUUUUUCCCCCUUUAUUUCUGUGAGAUAAGACUUGCAAGCAUAAUUAUGGCUUUCCCGUGUGAUAGUUAGGGAGCCCGAAUGGGUUUGUUUUGGUUUUUCUGGGUCAUCUUUGGAAAACCAGAGGUUCCCCAUGUAACCUAAUGGAAAGGUGCCCUCAGUAAAUUCCCUGUUUAGUUCUUAUUGGUAUGUUGUCAAGGAGCCUUGGUGGCGCAGUGGUUAAGAGCUUGGCUGCUAACCAAAAGGUCAGCAGUUUGAAUCUAUCAGCUGCUCCUUGGAAACCUUAUGGGGCAGUUCUGCUCUGUCCUAUACGGUCACUAUAAGUCCAAAUCAACUCGAAAGCAAGGAGUUUGGUAUUUUGUUUUUGGUGUAUUGUCAUACCACGGAUCGGUGGCGCCAGAGUGCCAUUCGUCUUAUUGGUGGCUUGUAUUAUCGGAUUGUAUUUCUCAAAGUCCAUAUUACCGACCAAAUAUUUAAAGACGCUCAAUUAGUAAGCACGCAUUCCAAUACUGAAAACCCAUGUCAUCAAAAAAAUUUUUUCAAAAAUAAAAAUUUGGUAACGGUGAUGUAACUUCCCCCUGGCUUCCUGCAAACCACACGGCUCUGUGGCAUCGCUGAGCACUGGCAAGACCGGCAGUGUUUAGUCCAGAGAAAGAAUGACGCGUGUGAUGCUGCCUUCAGCUUUUGAAAACAACGCUGUUGGACAAAACUAACUAGAAGCACAGAACCACACAGAUGCCCUGCACCCCUGCCCUGCAGAAGCUGGCCCACCUCGGACCCCAGGGAGAACCAGGAAGCACAAACAAGGACCUCUGAUGGGUCACCCGCCCCCCUGCCAAGCCUGGGCAUGUUGGGUUCAACGGUCUGCUCGUUUUAUACACGUUUUUAGCAAGUUUCUUGCUUUGUUUCCAAGUCUAGAGCAGAGCAGAGGCAGCACUCAAGCAGUGUGUGCUGGCAGGCAGUCACAUUGGGGUGGUUACUGGGGGACAGGGUCAAGGCCACAAUCAAACAGGAUGGCAAUUUCAAAGGUGACACAGGGACUGCCAGACUGUGGUCCCCAGCCCAUCGACCACUGAAAGUCUCGCAGGGCUCCUGAAUACCCUUCCUGGGGUCACAGAGAAAUCGGAAUAUGUUCUUUAAGAGUUUUACGUAAGAAAAGCUUGGGUAUUUAAGGAGCAGAGGGACCCCAGAACUUCCUAGAAAUCACAGAUAUUCAGAGUCACCCACUCUUCAAGAUUCACGCUAGGAAGCUGACGUUUUUUGCAUUUUUGCUGUUUUAAAAUACUGUCCUUCCACACGUUUAAGGCUUUCAUAAAGGAGGCUGAGAGUAUUUAAAGGGUUCUCAAUGUGGCCAGACGCCGCGUCUGCCCCAGCUUCUCCCUUCCAUAUUUGGAAGGCGCAGUCGCCUUUUAGUCUUUUACCAAACCGUUGCCAUGGAGAGCGCGUGUUUAUUCAGCAGAACAAACAUUUUCUCUGGAUUACGCAGGCUGGCCUCAGGGGAAUUGGCUGCGACCAGGAAGUAGCAAGCUUGUUCUGUAAACACCACCGGGCUUGCAGACAGAGUACGGCAGUGUGAUCCCUGUUAUGUAAAGAUGGGGAGCAGGCAGACAGGAACACACUGGGAGAAGUCAGGCUGGGGUGCCCUGGGGUGGGGUGGGGUGGCGUGGCUGGGAGGGUCGCCGAGGGCUCGGCCUCUGGGUCUGGGGGCUGUUACGCGGCCAUGUUCUGUUUGUGAACAGUGAACAGGCUUUCCGGAACGUCUGUUAUACUUUGGUUUUUAAAAAGUAAUGAUCACGGUUGGCAACUAAACUGUGCCCUGAUUUCUGUGUCCCACAGGAAGCUUAUUUGCCCCUUUGGCUCGAGGGGAUUGAAUGCAAGAAGACUUUACCAUCCCUGGUGGCGUUUGGGGACCGAGGCCCAGGCUCUUUUUGUUUCUAUAGGUGUACGUGUGUGUUUAUUUUUUCCUAUUUAUUUGGAAAGCACUAACAGAGCAAGGAGUCCUGGUAGCGCAAUGGUUAAGAGCUACAACUGCUAACCAAAAGCUGAAUCCAGAAGCCCAGCAUGAAUGGGUACGCUGACUUUCCUCCCAGCCCCAGUGACCCCUCCAAGGGCAUGCUGGAACCCGAGCCCAGCCAAGCCCCACUCCAGGAAGACAUGGAGAUGAGCAGUGGCUGCAGCGGAAAUGAAUCCAAUGAGCACUGCUCCCCAGGGCAGGGCAGUGACUGUCACGACAGCAAGGGACUGGGGAUGCUGGUGGGGCCACCGGACGCCCACCAGGGCCCGAAUGCCUUCAGCCUAAUGAUGGCCAAGUCUGAACACAACCCGUCUACAAGCGGUUGCAGCAGUGAGCAGUCUGGCAAAGCCAACAUGCAUAAAGAGCUGAUAAAGACCCUGAAGGAGCUGAAGGUCCACCUUCCUGCAGACAAGAAGGCCAAAGGGCGGGCCAACACGCUGGCCACCCUGAAGUACGCCCUGCGGAGCGUGAAGCAGGUGAAAGCUAACGAGGAGUAUUACCAGCUGUUAAUGUCCAGCGACAGCCACCCCUCCAGUCUGGACGUGCCGUCCUACACGGUCGAGGAGAUCGAGAGUAUGGCCUCUGAGCACAUUGUGAAGAACGUGGACAUGUUUGCCGUGGCUGUGUCCUUGGUGACAGGGAAGAUUGUGUACAUCUCCAACCAAGUGGCAUCCAUCUUUCACCACAAGAGAGACGCCUUCGCCGAUGCCAAGUUCGUGGAGUUCUUGGCACCUCACGAUGUCAGCGUGUUCCACAGCUCCACCACCCCAUACAAGCUGCCAUCCUGGGGCACCUGCAGCGGGGGAGAUUCUUUCUCUCAAGAAUGCCUGGAGGAGAAGUCUUUCUUUUGUCGUGUCAGUGUCGGGAAGACCCGCGAGAACGAGGUCCACUACCGUCCGUUCCGUAUGACGCCUUACCUCGUCAAAGUGCGAGACCCCCAGGUCCCCGAGAGCCAGCUCUGCUGCGUCCUGCUGGCUGAGAAAGUGCACUCCGGCUACGAAGCCCCUAGAAUUCCUCCUGAGAAGAGAAUUUUCACAACCACGCAUACGCCAAAUUGCUUGUUCCAGGACGUAGAUCAAAGGGCGGUCCCCCUCCUGGGCUACCUGCCUCAAGAUCUGCUGGAGAGCCCGGUGCUGCUGCAGCUGCACCCCAGUGACAGGCCUCUGAUGCUGGCCAUCCACAGGAAGAUCCUGCAGUCUGGCGGGCAGCCUUUCGACUAUUCACCCAUCCGCUUCCGCGCCCGGAACGGCGAGUACAUUACACUGGACACCAGCUGGUCCAGCUUCAUCAAUCCCUGGAGCCGGAAGGUUGCCUUCAUCAUUGGGAGGCACAGAGUCAGGGUGGGCCCCUUGAAUGAAGACGUGUUUGCAGCCCAGCCGGGUGUGGAGGAGAAGGCCCCGGACCCCAGCAUCCAGGAGCUCACUGAGCAGAUCUACCGGCUGCUGCUGCAGCCGGUGCCCCACAGCGGCUCUAGCGGCUAUGGCAGCCUGGGCAGCAACGGGUCCCAUGAGCACCUCAUGAGCCAGACGUCCUCCAGCGACAGCAAUGGCCACGAGGACGCCCGCCAGAGGAGGCUCGAAAUGUGUAAAAAUGGUAACAAGACCAAAAACAAAAGCCAUUAUUCUCAUGAACCCAGAGAAGAAAAGAAAAAACCUGUUACAGAACUGCAGAGUCGUCCCCCUCUUCCAGCGAAGGCAACUUCGGCCACAGACAAGGAUGGCCCAGGCAGCGGCAUCCCCAAGGCCACCUUCCCUGAGGAACUGGCAUGCAAGGCCCAGCCAGCCUGCUCUUACCAGCAAGUCAGCUGUCUGGACGGUGUCAUCAGGUACCUGGAGAGCUGCAGCGAGGCUGCCACACUGAAGAGGAAGUAUGAGCUCCCAGCCGACACUCAGGCCCUGAAUGCCAGCGACAAGCGCAGGACGACAGGAGAGGCAGCCUCGAAGGUGCACGCGGCCCUGCUGGAGCCUGCCAAGGUGGACAGCCACACAGGUGUCAGCUCACACCUGACCUCGUUGGCACUGCCGGGCAAGGCGGAGAGCGUGGUGUCCCUCACCAGCCAGUGCAGCUACAGCAGCACCAUCGUCCACGUUGGAGACAAGAAGCCGCAGCCCGAGCUAGAAACGAUUGAAGAUGCUGCAAGUGGGGCUGAGUCCCUUGAUGGCCCAGCUGGCCCCGCGCUGAGCUGCAGCCUAGGCCCUGAGAAGGAGCCCUUCAAGAAGCUGGGCCUCACCAAGGAGGUGCUGGCCGCCCACACACAGAAGGAAGAGCAGAGCUUCCUGCACAAGUUCAGGGAGACACAGAAGCUCCACACAUUCCACUCCUGCUGUCGUCACUACUUACAGGAAAGGCCCAAGGGGCAGUCGAGCGAGCUAGCUGCCCCUGGACUAAGGAAUGCUUCCGGGAUGCAUUUGUCAUGGAAAAAACCCGGGAAGAACAGAAAGCUCAAGUCCAAGCGGGCCAAGCUGCGUGACUCGUCUGGGAGCACAGCGUCAGGAGGGCCAGCACCCACCCGCGCCCCGCUCACAGGCCUCAACGCCACAGCGUGGUCGCCAUCCGACACAUCCCAGUCCAGCUGCCCUGCCGUGCCCUUCCCCGCCCCUGUGCCAACCUACCCACUGCCUGUGUUUCCCACGCCAGGGCCGGUGGCGGCGGCACCCACGGCCCCCCAGGCUGGCUUCGUGGUGCCCACGGGUGCCCAGCCAGACUUUGCGGUUGAGCCCCCGCCAUUCACAGCCCCCCUGGCUCCAGUCAUGGCAUUCGUGCUGCCCAGCUACCCCUUCCCCGCCGUGGGCCCGAGCCUUCCCCAGCCGUUCUUCCCCAGCCAGACUAACUUUCCAGGCCACCCCGAGAUGAUCCCUGUCUCAGAGCCUGUGUUCCCUAGUCGGACCCCGUUCCCCACACAGCCGUGCGUCUGUCCCCCGGCAGAGCGUGGGCAGCCGGCAUCACGAGCGGCCACCCCAGCCACCCCGUCGUCAACCACUGGGCCCGUGGGCCGGGCAUCCCCGCCACUCUUCCAGUCCCGAGGCAGCUCACCCCUGCAGCUCAACCUGCUGCAGCUGGAGGAGGCCCCUGAGGGCGGCGCUUCAGCAGUGGGGACCACAGGGACCAUGGCUGUGGGGCCCGACACCAAGCCAGCCACGUCCCGGGACCACCCGCCAAAGGCUCAGCCCACCCUCAACGAGCCCUCAGAGGCCCAGCAGAGUGAUGCCCUCUCCACAUCCAGCGACCUGCUUGAUCUCCUGCUGAACGAGGACCUCUGCUCGGCCACGGGCUCAGCCCUGUCGGGAAGUGGGGCCUCGGCCACCUCGGAUUCUCUGGGCUCCAGGUCUCUGGGCUGCACCGUGUCCAGGAGUGGGACAGGCAGUAGUGACACAAGUCACACCAGCAAAUAUUUUGGAAGCGUUGACUCUUCGGAGAAUAAUCACAAAGCAAGAGUGAGCGCCGACGUGGGCGAGAACGAGCAUCUCAUUAAGUACGUCCUCCAGGACCCCAUCUGGCUGCUGAUGGCCGACGCCGACAACAGCAUCAUGAUGACGUACCAGCUGCCUGCCCGAAAUCUCGACGAGGUCCUGAAGGAGGACAGAGAGAAGCUGAGGGUUCUGCAGAAAUUCCAGCCCCAGUUCACAGAAGCCCAGAAGCUGGAACUUCGUGAGGUCCACCCCUGGGUACAGGUGGGCGGCCUGCCCGCAGCCAUGGAUGUGGAGGACUGUGUUUACUGUGAAAACAAGGGGAAAGGCAACUUUUGUGCACCGUAUGAGGAAGAUAUUCCUGCUCUGGGACUCAGCAAAGCCACAGACACCAAAGAGGAAGAAAGUGGACCCCCCUGAGUCAGGAGAAUGGAGAGCAGACGUAGCGCCUCCUCCAGGCCCCCGUGAUGGACGUUAGAAGAGCCAGGAGGAGAGAUACACACGUUUGUUUCUCACGAAAUGAACAUAAGUGCUUAUGUGGCUUUUUUGUUUUAGAAAAACAAGCAUCGUUUAUCUGCAAGGGCGAUUUAAAACGCUGUGGAGGUAGGAGGGAUUGGGAAGAAAUACAUUUUCAUAUCUAAAAUACAAACACAAAGCUUGAGGAGCCGGGGGAGAGACUUUAGUGGUCAUUUCACUUGAAGAGACUCUGAAACGCCUCUUUGUGAGCAUCUAGGGAGUUGCCUCAGCUUUCGCAGCCUUUCACUGCACCCUGCGUCCACUGACCUCCAGUGGCUUGUCCAGGUGUCACACCACGUGCAGCCACCGGUCAGGAUGCCACAUGUGACUCGGCCUUCCGGAGCUUUCCGGGGUGUGUUUGGACUGGGGUCUGUCAGCAUCAGGGAAAUGCUCAGAUCAAAUUCUGCCCUCCCUCCAGAGCUGCGUUGUAUCUAAAUCAUCAUUUCGUCAGCUACCAAAUGGAGAUAGCGGCCUCUCCCUUUUCUUCCACAUGUUCGGCAUCAAGUGACGGGAAGCAUCGUCUGGCGAACCAGCAGCUUUGGUGUCAGGCACUGCGGUGGUGAACAUUUUGGCCUGGUGUGGCUUUUGUUGAUAGAGCGCAAAGUUGAAAUGCUGUCUCUGGGAAGAGAGGCCUGCUGGUUUGUGCGACCAGCUCCAUCAGAUAAGGCACGCCCAGACCCCCUAGGUAGCUCUGCAUCAUCUGAGCGUCCAUGUCAGCCCGCAGAGCCCAUGUGUGGUCAGUCACCUCUUUAGGGUGACUGCUCUGUGCAAACCAGGCGCACCAGUAAGGUAAUUAAGUACUGGGUGGCCACCUUGGGCCAUUGGUGUUUGUCUGCCUCAUGGACGUGGCCCUGCCAGAGCGAAGCCCACCACUUGUCCCAGCAGAGUGCCUCAUGAGCCAGUGCCUCACAGCUUCUGAUUGCACCGUGUUUUCAGGGUGCACUGAGCUCUCCCCAUCACACCCCACAGCUGGUUACGGGGCCCUCACCGUUUCACAAGCUCAGCCUUGCCGGGCACAGAGGCAGGCCUAUGUGGCUGAUGUCCACCAGCACCACGGUCCCUUGCCAGGCUGUUCUGACACUUGGGGAGACUGAGGCCAGUGCCCCAAUUUGCUUUCUUUCUCCCCCCCCCCCAAAACCUCAUUUUGCAUCAUAUAAAAGAUUGUUGGUAAAAAUGGAAUAGCAGCCCCUGGUGGCAACGAGACGUUAUCAGUGGCUUGAAAGGAAGCAGGACUGUCCUGGUUCUUUCAUGGAAAAGAUGCUAGGAAAGCAGGUGGAGUCUCCUUCUAAGCAACUGGGUUUUCAUAGUCAAACCAUUUUAUGCCUAAAUUUCAACCCCAUUUUUCGUAAACUCGGACACAAGAGCACUUGUUUUUUUAAUUUACAAAGUAACGUCAUCUCCGAUACCUGAGAUAUGGUAGCAGCGUGUGCACUUCUGUGGAAAUUAGACGCUACGAACCCUUUCCCGCCUCUAAAAUCAGGUGGUCACGAUUACGUUACCUAAACGCAAAACUGCCAGAAUGUUCUCCCUCUACUCUCAAGAAUGUUUGCCCGCAGCACUAUUUCUCUAAUUUAUAUUUGUUGAUUGUUCAACUGCGUAGCUCCCGCGCACGCGCUCUGACGUUGGCUUCGUAGAAGCAUUUUGUGAAAUUGUUUACAGGCGCUGAACACCGAGGCGUCUGGUUCCUUUAGUGUGUGCACUUAACCCGGGCGUUAUACAGACUUUUUCUCAAUUUUAAACUGAGCCUUCUUUUUAAUAGAUUUCUAAAGAGAGACAUAAACGCGCUGUCAGAGCUUCAGUGACGGCUUGUCGAGCUAGGAGGGGCAGGUGGUUUGUUCCUGUGCAGACCGAGCUUUCUGCCCCCAGUGCAGUAUAUGUGUUGGACUGCUUGUGUCUUUUUAUGACUUUUUGGCCUUUUAGAAUAUUGGUGAAUAAAGCAAGUAUAUUUUUAUUUUUAAUUGUAUGUAUUUUUUUAAUGUUGUUUGUUGCCGUCAAGUCGGUUCCGACUCACAGGGACCCCAUGUGGGCAGAGUAGAACUACUGCAUAGGGUUUUCAAGGCUGUGAACGUUUGGAAGCAGAUUGCCGGGACUUUCUUCCGAAGCACCUCAGGGUGGGUUUCAACCGCCAACCUUUCAGCUGGUAGUCGAGCCUUGACUGUUUGUGCCAUCCAAGUAGCAUAGAGGAAAACCUGAAUAGAGAUCAAGAAUGGUCUCUAUUGAAAAAGAGAACUCUAGAAAAAUUCUGUAUCCUGAGGUCGUCUACCACAAAGGCCCCCUCAUCUCUCACCCAGUUUUGUACUGUUUGCUUCUUGCUGGUCCCCCUGUUCUCUGUGUGUGCCAUCUUAACAACGCAGCCAGAGUGAGCUUUAUAAAAUGCAAGUCCAAUCCUGUAAUCACGGCAGUCUGUGGUCUUUUCACUUGCAAAUGGAGGGGUGUGGUGUCCUGGGUCAGCCCCUAGAGCUC